UUCUGAAAGGCGAAUACACAGAUGUGAGAUACAAAAUGCAACCCACAGUGAUUCUCUGGUGGUGGCAGAUGCGGCUCCACCUUGGGGUUAUUAAUUACUGCAUCUCUCUCCAUCAGCACCAUCUUUACCCUUUUCCCCCUCCUUUGUUUCAUGGUGUUUCAUUCAUAAUCGCACAUCUCCAAGCUUCUCCCUUUUCUCUUGUUUGAAUUCAUCUUCGUUUCCUUGUUUCGAUAGGAUUUUGAGUGAUCGAAUGACAGCACCGAACAUGGUGACGAUCACGGAAUCACUGGAGAGAUCUUUAAAGAAGUGUUCUUUGAACCACGAAAGAGGCGGCGGAAGCGACGGUGGUGGGGCGGCUGCUGAUGAAGAAGGGAGGAGGUCCGAAGAUGAUAACAGCCUCUCAAAAACCUUCUCUGACACUAGCUUGGAGCUCAACUCCCAUCUCUCUCUUCCUCACCAUUGGGAACAAUGCCUUGAUCUAAAGACAGGGGAGAUUUAUUACAUAAACUGGAGGAAUGGAACGAAAGCAAGUGAGGAUCCAAGGACAGCUGCUGAUUACGGUGGAGAUUUUUACUCCGAUGAAGACGAUGACAGCUUGUACGAAAGCGAUGAGCUUUCAUCGGACUCGUCUCCCUCAUCUUCUACAAGAGAUAAAGUGCAUCACGACGACGAGGAGGACGACAGCAACAGCCGCCUUGGGGCGGAUAAAGACAACGACAACGUCUUGGUUGUUGCUGGUUGUAGGAGCUGUCUGAUGUACUUCAUGGUUCCCAAGCAAGAAGAAGAUUGUCCCAAAUGUAAGGAUCGUCUUCUUCACUUUGAUCAUCGACCCGAAACUAGCUAGGUUUCCAUGAAAACCCAGAUUUUGUAUCUUCUCUUCUUUAGUUUGGUUUUGUUCGAAGAAUGCAUUGCUAGGCUGGGUUAGGCUAGGCUAGGCGUGCCUGCAACUGUGUGAAUGGUGAAGAAACAAAGAAUAAUAUUUGCCAUUUCAGUCACCUUUGUUUUACCUUUAGUUUCCCCAGAUAUUCUUUAAUCUCGUAUUAACUAGUUUUCCCUGAAUUGGAUUUUCAUUUAUGACA